AUGAAGUACGCAAUCGUGGUCCUCGCCUGCGCCCUGUGGGGUGCCAAUGGAUACCCUUACCACUACUACGGCAGCAACAUGGACACCUUGUCGUACGGCUCAAGCGACAACAGUCACGGAGGCAUGGUGCUGAGCCGAUUCUACAACCCCUACUACAACUCUCGCACUCCCGCUGGAGGCGGCAUGGCGGCCUUCAUGUUCAACCCAGAGGAGCAGAAACCACAAGCCAGCCAGUACUACCUGCCCGACCGACGCCGCCAAACUACUCCUGAAGCAUACGUACCGCAGCAGAAUGAGGUGUACUACCCACAGGCGCCCGAGAAACCUUACGCAACCGAGCCCACUGAGAUCGCCGAUCCCCUGCCAACGGAGAAAGUGGAUAUCCCGACCACCGUCAAGGCCACGGCGCUGCCAGAGCUUACCGAGCCCGAGACAGAGGAAGUGGAAGAUCCGAAAGAGACAAAAGAGAUCGCGCCGGCACCAAAGAAGAGAGUGACUAAGAAGAAGCAGGUCAAGAGACCGUCUGAUGACGACGACGAGGAAGAGGAUUACGCACCCAGGAUGCCGAAUGGCGCUUACUUCCCGAUGUUCUUCGGAUGGGGUGGCGGCCGCUCAUCUGGCGGUGCACCCAACGGUGCGACGGCUAUUGCGAACGCUUUCAGCACUGGACGCGGGGGAGUCGCUUCCAGCCAUGCGACCGCUUAUGGCCCUCCGCGACCGGAGUCCAAACUGUUGAAC